AUGGCGAAAUCACCAGAGGAACAACACCCAGUAAAAGCUUUCGGAUGGGCAGCUAGAGACACAUCCGGUGUCCUCUCUCCCUUCAAAUUCUCCCGCAGGGCAACUGGAGAUGAAGAUGUGCACGAGAUUGUGGGUGAAGUAACGGAAGUGGGUAGCAAGUGCAGGCACGAGAUUGUGGGUGUAGUAACGGAAGUGGGUGGCAAGGUAAAAAAGUUCAAAGUUGGAGUGGGGUGCAUAGUUGGAUCAUGUCACUCGCGUGACAACUGCGCCAAUGAUCUUGAAAAUUAUUGUCCCAAAUUCAUCCUUACUUAUAAUUCCAUCUACUAUGAUGGAACUCCGACAUAUGGAGGUUACUCUGAUAUUUUAGUUGUUAAUGAGCACUUUGUGGUUCGUUGGCCUGAAAAUCUGCCUCUUGAUGCUGGUGCUCCCCUUCUUUGUGCUGGAAUCACAACUUAUAGCCCCUUGAAAUAUUAUGGACUUGACAAGCCUGGAAUGCAUGUGGGUGUAGUGGGUUUAGGUGGAUUGGGACACGUAGGUGUGAAGUUUGCAAAGGCUUUGGGGGUCAAGGUGGCAGUCAUUAGUACAUCCCCAAGCAAGAAAGAGGAGGCCAGUGAACAUUUUGGUGCUGAUUCAUUUUUGGUCAGCCGUGAUCCAGAUCAGAUGCAGGUGGCAGUCAUUAGUACAUCCCCAAGCAACAAAGAGGAGGCCAUUGAACAUCUUGGUGCUGAUUCAUUUUUGGCUGCUAUGGGUACAAUGGAUGGUAUCAUCGACACAGUCUCUGCAGUUCAUCCUCUCCUGCCAUUGCUCGAGAGAAAGUUAGUGGCUGGAAGUGGCAUUGGGGGGAUGAAGGAGACCCAAGAAAUGAUUGAUUUUGCAGCUGAACACAACAUAACAGUGGACAUUGAGGUUAUUCCAAUGGACUAUGUGAACACUGCUAUGGAGCGUCUUGUGAAAGCUGAUGUUAGAUAUCAAUUCGGGAUUGACGUUGGGAACACACUUAAGGCUGCCUAA